AUGAGUUACAAUCAGAAUCCUUACGAGACUCAAAAUCCGUAUGAAACUCAAAAUCCGUACGAGAAUCGUGCAGGACCACCAGUUGAUAACUACGAGAUGACCUCGACAGCAAGAGGAAAUUCAGGCGGCAACGGUGGUGCAACUGGGGGCACUAAUGGAGGCACAGACUUUGUUGGAUUUAUGAGUAAGAUUAAUGAGAUUAAUCUCGAAAUUGAUAACUACGAACAACUGAUCAAUAGUAUUGACACAUAUCAUAAGAAGUUAUUGACGGAGGUCAGUGAAGAUCAGGAGAUGCAAUUGAGACGUACACUCGACGAUGUGGUUUCGCAUGCGUCAGAUCUACAGUAUCAAUUGAAGAACAAGAUAAAAAGUGCACAACAAGAAGGGUUGCAUGAUUCUAGCAAGCAGGCACAAGCUGAAAAUUCGAGACAAAGAUUUCUGAAGGCUAUUCAAGAUUAUAGAAUUAUAGAAUCGAACUAUAAAGAAGAAAACAAGGAACAAGCAAUGAGACAAUACAAAAUUGUUCAACCUGAUGCUACUAAUGAGGAAGUUGAGAAUGCUAUUAGCGAUGUCGGCGGUCAACAAAUAUUCUCACAAGCAUUGUUGAAUGCAAAUAGACGUGGUGAGGCGAAAACAGCCUUGGCUGAAGUACAAGCAAGACAUCAAGAAUUAUUAAAAUUAGAAAAAACCAUGGCAGAAUUGACACAAUUGUUUAAUGAUAUGGAGCAAUUAGUAGUUGAACAAGAAGAAAAUAUCGAAGUAAUUGAUAAAAAUGUUGAAGAUGCUCAACAAGAUGUGGAACAAGGUAUUGGACAUACAAAUAAAGCAGUCGUGAGUGCUAGAAGAGCAAGAAGAAAUAAGAUAAGAUGUUGGAUCAUCGUAUUCUUAAUCUUUGCUGUUGUCGUCGUUGUUGUUGUGGUACCAUCAGUGGUCACAACAAGACGUUAA